AUGCGCCCAAUAAACAAUAUUUCUAUUGAGAAAAUGGUCGUUGAGUUUGGAGAACAACUAAUUAGAGGUAAGCUAGAUUUAUAAAGUUACCUUUUUAAUAAAUUUAAUCGAAAAUAAGUUAAGGUUGUGAAAUUUUUAUAUUAUAGAUGUUUACUCAUCGAUCAAGUCUGGAAAACAGCUUAGAAAUGUGGAAUACAUAGAGAAGAUACCACAGAUUACUACGCUACACAAGGUUUUCAAACAUUUGGAAGCUUCAGCGAAUGUUGAUAAGGCAUUGGCUGAUAUUGAGUUAGCCGAGGAUGUAAGAAACUUUGUUUACACUUGAAAUUUUGAUUAAUUAUUGAAAGCAUGCUUAAGCCUUUUAAGUUAACUGAUGGAUACUUAAGUUAAGGGUUUUAUAAUGAUAAAUAAAUACAUAAUAACUAUAAAUUCUGUUUUAGGACAAGAAACUUAUUGGUGAAUUAGUUGAGACAGAGAAGAAAAAGGACAUCUUUGAUUGGAAGGUCAGUUUAAUAUUGAGUAACAGCCAGACCUUUAAAUGUUUGACACCUAAAGUUGAGUUGAAUAUUGAUGGUCAAGAUCUAGAGUUUGAUGUAGAGACGUUUGAACAGCUGAGGUACGAAGUGGCAAGGACUUUGAAUAGGCUUCAGAAGUAUCACGAAAUAGCAUAG